UAGUACAGUCGUGUCGCACACACUGUGUACAUGCGUGUAAUUAUAUAUGUGUGUGUAGAGGAUGUGAAGUUAAGCCUGUGAAUACAGAUACAUUUGUUUACCGAUGUAUAAUCUGUAUCAGUGACAUUGUUGACCACUUCCUUCAUUUGAAGUAAAUCACAGCACAACGCAGGUCAUGGCUACUGGCAUGGACAGGCCAGAGUUUGGACGAGACAUUAGGGAGAAGGAAUUCUGUAUGAGGAAAGGUGCUACCUUUAUUAACCAUGGGUCCUACGGUAUGGUGCCGCGACGUAUCAAAGAACUCCAGUCAAGAUAUCUGUACCAGACAGACGCACACCCAGAUGAUUGGUUCCAGAGAAAGAUCAAGGGUCUGUGGAUGGCAGCUCGGGACGCAGCUGCAUCAGUUGUCAAUUCGGAGGUCGAUGACGUUGUUAUAGUCCAAAAUGCGACUACUGGUAUCAAUACGGUAUUAAAAGCUCUCCAACUGACGGAAACGGAAGAAAUCCUGGUCACUAACAACACGUAUGCAGCUAUAUGGAAGACAGCUCACCAUAUCUCCACGGAUGGUUCUGGAGGAAAGUUACACGUGCUCGACAUUAACUUCCCUAUCCAAUCAGAAGACGAAAUCGUACAACAAUACCGAGAUUUCCUCAGCCAACAUCCUAAAGUCAGGAUUGCUGUGCUUGAUCACAUAACAAGCAUUUCAGCACUUGUCAUGCCUAUUAAGAAGAUAAUCAAGGUGUGUCGCGACUACAACGUUCUAUCCAUGAUAGACGGUGCGCAUGCGCCUGGACAAGUUCAAAUUGAUAUGAAGGAUAUCGAUCCCGAUUUUUAUGCAGGGAACUUCCACAAAUGGCUUUACACACCCCGUGGAUGUGCAUUACUGUACAUUAGGAAGGAACACCAGGAAUGGGCGUGUCCAUUAGUUACAGCAGGGAAUUACAGCGAAAAUGUGGGACUCCAGUUCUUUAUGCAGGGUACUCGUGACGACACCCCGUAUAUCUGCCUGCCAGAAGCUUUGCGAUUCUACAGCGACAUUGGUGGAAUGGAGGUGAUAACACGUUAUUGCUCACACCUAUUGGACCAGGCGGCAAGCAAGAUGGUGGCGGCUUGGGGCACUGCCAAACUGCCUGUCCCCCGAGAGAUGGAACCCCCUUGCAUGAGGAUGGUUAAACUACCAACAUUAACUGGUUUUAUACCGUCCCUAAGUAACUCGAUAAGGUUGAUGUCUGACAUAUAUACUCGGUGGAAUAUACAGACUGCCACCAUGUAUGUUGAUGGGGAUUUGUACGUCCGACUUUCCGCCAAUGUCUACAAUACGGAAGCUGACUACGACACUCUUGUUGCAGCCAUUCAGAAAAUGAGGGACUACGACAGUACAGCCAACCAGUCACCUGUUGUAACGACAUUCGGCCAUCCUAUCAGAGAGGCAGAGUUUUCACUGAGGAAGGGAUCUACUUUUCUCAACAAUGCUGCAAGGGGAAGUAUUCCUAAAAGAGUCAGAGAAAUUCACCUAAGGUACAUUAACGAGCUUGACGAUCACCCUGACGAUUGGAUGCGCCGGAAGGUAAAAGACAUGUGGAUUGCAUCCCGGGAGAGUGCUGCUAUUUUCGUGAACGUUGAUCCAGAGGACUUGGUCUUCGUCCAGAAUGCAACGACAGGGUUUAAUUCUGUUCUGAAGACCUAUCCGUUCUCACCCGACGAUGCCUUCUUGUUUACAAACAACUCGUUCGAAGCAUUAAAGAAUACGUGUCACUAUGUGUCAACCAAGCUGAAAGGUAUGAAAACAUACAUUUUGGAUGUAACAUUUCCUAUCGAGACUGAUGAUGAAUUGGUUGAGAAGCAUCGCAAGAUCCUAACGGAUCAUCCUGAUAUUAAACUGGUGGUUAUAGAUCACAUAACAAGUCGGACCGCACUGAUGUUUCCCGUCCAUAAGAUGGUCAAAUUGUGCCAGGACAUGGGCGUUAUGGCACUGGUAGACGGUGCGAACGCGCCAGGACAGGUGUCUUUGGACAUUAAGGCAUUGGACCCGGAUUUUUACUCAGGUAACUUCCACAAAUGGGCAUUCGCGCCUAGAGGGUGUGGCUUCCUGUACGUCAAGAAGGUACAUCGUCCUCUAGUCAAGCCACUAGUGACAUCACACUUCUACCAGCAAACUAUGACCGAUGAGUUCUUCAUGCAGGGAUGUCGGGAUGACACACCGUACAUUACCUUGAAGCACGCUCUUCAGUUCCUUCAAGACAUUGGCGGAAUGGAAAAGGUUUUGGCGUACAACACCAAGUUAUUACAGGAAGCUGUCGACCUCAUCAUUUCUAGCUGGGAAACCCAUACAUUACCUAUACCAAAAUCUUUGGAGGCGCCAUGUGUUAGGAUGAUCAAACUACCAGUCCUCAAGGACUACGAAGGCAACUCGGAGGAUGCUACCCGGUUGGUUGAUGACCUUUAUACCCAGUAUGACAUUCAAACACAGAUGUUUUGUGUUCAAUGCCAGUUGUAUCUGAGAUUGUCGGCACAAGUGUACAAUGAACUGGACGACUACAGGAAACUUGUUACUGUAAUAAACAGUCUCCGAAAGUAGUCUCCGUAUCAAACAGUCUCCGACAGUAGUCUCCGUAUCAACAGUGAUGGAUAACAGGAAACUUGUUACUGUAAUAAACUGUCUCCGAAAGUAGUCUCCGUAUCAAACAGUCUCCGACAGUAGUCUCCGUAUCAACAGUGAUGGAUAACAGGAAACUUAUUACUGUAAUACACAUUCUCCGAAAGUAGUCUCCGUAUCAAACAGUCUCCGACAGUAGUCUCCGUAUCAACAGUGAUGGAUAACAGGAAACUUGUUACUGUAAUAAACAGUCUCCGAAAGUAGUCUCCGUAUCAACAGUGAUGGAUAACAGGAAACUUGUUACUGUAAUAAACAGUCUCCGAAAGUAGUCUCCGUAUCAACAGUGAUGGAUAACAGGAAACUUGUUACUGUAAUAAACAGUCUCCGAAAGUAGUCUCCGUAUCAACAGUGAUGGAUAACAGGAAACUUGUUACUGUAAUAAACAGUCUCCGAAAGUAGUCUCCGUAUCAACAGUGAUGGAUAACAGGAAACUUGUUACUGUAAUAAACAGUCUCCGAAAGUAGUCUCCGUAUCAACAGUGAUGGAUAACAGGAAACUUGUUACUGUAAUAAACAGUCUCCGAAAGUAGUCUCCGUAUCAACAGUGAUGGAUAACAGGAAACUUGUUACUGUAAUAAACAGUCUCCGAAAGUAGUCUCCGUAUCAACAGUGAUGGAUAACAGGAAACUUGUUACUGUAAUAAACAGUCUCCGAAAGUAGUCUCCGUAUCAACAGUGAUGGAUAACAGGAAACUUGUUACUGUAAUAAACAGUCUCCGAAAGUAGUCUCCGUAUCAACAGUGAUGGAUAACAGGAAACUUGUUACUGUAAUAAACAGUCUCCGAAAGUAGUCUCCGUAUCAACAGUGAUGGAUAACAGGAAACUUGUUACUGUAAUAAACAGUCUCCGAAAGUAGUCUCCGUAUCAACAGUGAUGGAUAACAGGAAACUUGUUACUGUAAUAAACAGUCUCCGAAAGUAGUCUCCGUAUCAACAGUGAUGGAUAACAGGAAACUUGUUACUGUAAUAAACAGUCUCCGAAAGUAGUCUCCGUAUCAACAGUGAUGGAUAACAGGAAACUUGUUACUGUAAUAAACAGUCUCCGAAAGUAGUCUCCGUAUCAACAGUGAUGGAUAACAGGAAACUUGUUACUGUAAUAAACAGUCUCCGAAAGUAGUCUCCGUAUCAACAGUGAUGGAUAACAGGAAACUUGUUACUGUAAUAAACAGUCUCCGAAAGUAGUCUCCGUAUCAACAGUGAUGGAUAACAGGAAACUUGUUACUGUAAUAAACAGUCUCCGAAAGUAGUCUCCGUAUCAACAGUGAUGGAUAACAGGAAACUUGUUACUGUAAUAAACAGUCUCCGAAAGUAGUCUCCGUAUCAACAGUGAUGGAUAACAGGAAACUUGUUACUGUAAUAAACAGUCUCCGAAAGUAGUCUCCGUAUCAACAGUGAUGGAUAACAGGAAACUUGUUACUGUAAUAAACAGUCUCCGAAAGUAGUCUCCGUAUCAACAGUGAUGGAUAACAGGAAACUUGUUACUGUAAUAAACAGUCUCCGAAAGUAGUCUCCGUAUCAACAGUGAUGGAUAACAGGAAACUUGUUACUGUAAUAAACAGUCUCCGAAAGUAGUCUCCGUAUCAACAGUGAUGGAUAACAGGAAACUUGUUACUGUAAUAAACAGUCUCCGAAAGUAGUCUCCGUAUCAACAGUGAUGGAUAACAGGAAACUUGUUACUGUAAUAAACAGUCUCCGAAAGUAGUCUCCGUAUCAACAGUGAUGGAUAACAGGAAACUUGUUACUGUAAUAAACAGUCUCCGAAAGUAGUCUCCGUAUCAACAGUGAUGGAUAACAGGAAACUUGUUACUGUAAUAAACAGUCUCCGAAAGUAGUCUCCGUAUCAACAGUGAUGGAUAACAGGAAACUUGUUACUGUAAUAAACAGUCUCCGAAAGUAGUCUCCGUAUCAACAGUGAUGGAUAACAGGAAACUUGUUACUGUAAUAAACAGUCUCCGAAAGUAGUCUCCGUAUCAACAGUGAUGGAUAACAGGAAACUUGUUACUGUAAUAAACAGUCUCCGAAAGUAGUCUCCGUAUCAACAGUGAUGGAUAACAGGAAACUUGUUACUGUAAUAAACAGUCUCCGAAAGUAGUCUCCGUAUCAACAGUGAUGGAUAACAGGAAACUUGUUACUGUAAUAAACAGUCUCCGAAAGUAGUCUCCGUAUCAACAGUGAUGGAUAACAGGAAACUUGUUACUGUAAUAAACAGUCUCCGAAAGUAGUCUCCGUAUCAACAGUGAUGGAUAACAGGAAACUUGUUACUGUAAUAAACAGUCUCCGAAAGUAGUCUCCGUAUCAACAGUGAUGGAUAACAGGAAACUUUUUACUGUAAUAAACAGUCUCCGAAAGUAGUCUCGAGCUCCGUAUCAACAGUGAUGGAUUCUACAUUGUGUGCACUUUAAACAAUGAUACUAUUUUACGAAAAAUAUUAUGCAUCAAAUGACACUUGUUUCAAAAUAGUGAAUACCAUCCGGGGA